AUGUUCGGAGGUGAUUCCGAAAGGCCCAGGCGACAACCUCAUUAUGCGCAAACUACGCACUCCAAUGGCGCUUCGGAGUACUCCAAUCACGAGCAGGACAUCAUCAGGCAAUCCUUCAGUACUGGCAACUACACUUGGAUGAAGGAAUCCUUGCCAGUGGAGCUAGGGCCUGAUGCGAUCCAUCUCUUGCGAAGGCAGCGCAUGGAGAGGAACCGGUUAGCCGAGCCUGUCCCGCAGACCUGGUCGAAGAUGACUCAGCUCUGGGGCGGAGGCUACUACCAGGAGUUUGAGUACAUGCCAGAAGAAUACAAGGACAGAAGAGGAUUGCUGGGCAGACAAGCCGACGCGGAAAAGAGAAUGAAGAUAGCGAACCAUGACUGGCGCUACAGCUCGCAGGAGCGUCGGCUCAAACAUGAGCCAAUGCUCCACGGUGUGACGGCCGACAGAGAGCAAUAUCCAUACCUUGGGGGUGACAAAGAUGCAGAAUUGGAGGCGACAAAGCUCUUUCUACGGUCUGUUGCAGUUGGGUCGAGAACUUCGUUGAACAAGUCUCAGGAGAAGUUCCUCAAAUCGCAGCAGUCUGCGUGGAUGGUGCAGGACAAAGCGCAGAUGACCUCCGAAAGCUCCUUUCUAGCUGGCAGAGGUAAGGGCCUGGAGGACAACUCCAGGGGGAGCCGCAUGACACUUCCAACGAUGGUGCAGCGGUUGCAGAAAAAGGUUGACCAAGAUUGGGAGGGUUCCACGGUGGUUGUCAGUGCGACUGACCAGGACUUGAUCCAAAUCGCUUUCCAUAUGCAUACUGUGGACUCGGAGCGAGGUGUAGUUGCGUACAUGGGCGUGCUUUCCAAGGAUGUCGAUUUGCUUGCCACUCUCGGACUCCGGAAGGUUAGUCAACUCUGGGGGAUGCAGCGGGAUUUCAGCGAUGAGUUGCCGGACAGAGAUGGGGCCGAGCCUGGUGAACACACAUGGAUGUUCUUUUUGUUGGCCCCAAAGUGGGUGAAAAUGCGACCGACGGAUGCCUACUACACCGUUCAUCCACGAUCACAGGGUUCUGCAUUCAGAAUGAGCAAUGCGGGGUCAAGUGUGCUCCUCUCUUUGGGGUCGUCUGUCCUGGACACUCAUGACACUCCCAGAAAGAAGGAAGCAUCUCCACGUGCGCUGAACAGCUCUCAAUCUGGAAGGGCAUUUGAACCCACAAGGACAAGCCAGCAGGCGCUUCCAGAUCGACCGAAGGUUGACUUGGCCCUUAUUGAGCAGGCGGUGAGCUCGCUCCCGGCAAUCAGAGAGAGCCGCGGAGAAGCACCCUCUGGAUGA